GGAGAAAAAUAUGUGGUUAAUUUUUCAAUUAACCUUAUAGCAAUACAAUGUUACGUAAUUUCUUCUUAAAAAUAGUAUAGAUCUUCUUUAUGUUUCUAGGCAUACAAUGUUACUUGUUCCCCCUGUAAACCCUUAUGAUACAAUGCAGAUUAUUAGUUGUUCCAUUCCAUUGAUUGUUACUGGACAUGCUCUUGGAGGAUCAGUUGCUACUCUCUUCACCAUAUCACUAUUAGAUAGCAUUGGUUCAGGAAAGAUUCGCCCACUCUGCAUCACCUUUGGUUCACCCCUUAUUGGUGACAAGGGAUUGCAACAAGCCAUAUCACGUAGUUCUAAUUGGAAUUCUUGCUUUCUACAUGUUGUGUCACACAAAGACCCACUUCCAAGACUCUUCAUUACAAACCAUGGUUCUCAAACCAAUGCCUACAUUCCUUUCGGAACAUUUCUCUUGUGUUCUGAUCAAAAUUCUGCUUGUUUUGAGAACCCUGGCUCUAUUUUGAGACUAUUCGGGGUAUUUGACUCAAAAAAUGAUGGAAAUCAAGGUUCUCAACCUGUUGAUUAUGGUGAGAUAGUGAAAAUACUCAAUCAAAAAACUCUGUGCAAGGACCUUUCAACUCUGCCUAGAGAAAUAACUAAUACACAUACUCAAAAAAGAAACUAUGUUUCGCAAGUAGUUAGUUGGAUUGGAGAUCGUCUUUUAACCAAAAAGAACUCGGUUGAAACCCAGCACGAAAGGAGAGGAGUAACUAAUACAUACACACUACUUGCAAGUAUCAUUUUGCAGCUUUCGGCACUAGGAUUGGCACCAGCUAUGCAGCCGCAAGAACUGAAGGAAUAUGCCGCUAAGAUGGAAAAAGAGGAGGAGAAAAUCAAGGAGAUGAGGAGGAACUUAUUUGAUCCAUACGUGAAUUUGAAUGUAAUAAAGAUAGACAUGGUCCAACUUGAAUGGUACAAGAAGAGAGCUAAAGAAGAUGGAAUAGGGUACUAUGACAAGUACAAGAGGCGCUUACCAAAUGACCAAGAUGGAAAUGUUGAGAAGUUCAAGGACAACCUCACAGAUUACUGGUUAAAGAUGGCUGAAGUGGCAGAGAUAAAGUCUAAGAAAGAAGGCUCAUAUUUUCGUGCCUGCUGGCUCGGUGCUGGGACUACUUACAGGAGAAUGGUUGAACCCCUUGCUAUUGCUCAAUACUAUAGAGUGGAAGGUAAUAAAAACUAUGUGACUAAAAAAAGGCCUAAACAUUUCAAACUGUUGGAGGAUUGGAAAGCCACAAGUGACUCAACCACUACAAGUAAGAAGAAUAUGGAAGAUAUUUUAAGCAAAGAUUCUUGCUUUUGGGCAUAUGUUGAAGAGGCUCUACUUUCAUGCAAAGAGUUGAAGGUUGCCAAAGAGGAUAAAGAGAUGUUGAAGAAAUUGGUUGAAUUUGAGGAGUAUGUUUAUGGGCAGCUCAAGAAAUAUGAAGUGUCACCAGAGAUUUUCUUGGCAGAAAGCAGCUAUAUGCGUUGGUGGAACGAGUAUAAAGCAAUUAAGGGAACUUCAAAUAAUUCAGAACUGGCAAGGUUCAUGAACGAUGCUACAAACCUUAAGCAAUAUGCUGAGGGAGCUUAUGAUUUUCCCUGAAAGGAUAAUAACCAUGUAAUAAAGGGGGUGUUUAUG